AUGAACAUAGCACUCGUCUGCGCAGGCAUGCCCGUGCUGCCCAUUCUGACAUAUUUUGUCUUGACAAUGUACAACGUCACAUCUGUGUACAAGGUGAUCAUUCCUGAAAUAAUUGUAGUCGUAUACACUGUAGCCAUAGCCGUGCUUCUCAUAAAGAAAGUUGAGGCUGAAGAGAGAGAAAAAAGAAAAACUCAUUAG